AUGUCACCAUGCGUUUCCAAGUGUGUUUCCAAUCUGGCCGCCUACACCUUUUUUGCCAGGUGUCACUCAGCUGACACGUGUGGAACCAACGGAUUGCCCCUGACGCCAAAUUCCAUAGCAAUUGUUGGCCUGGCGCAGUUCCUCAAGAGCAUCAAUCAUCCGAAUUUGUGUGAAUUCAUUGAGAUCAUCCGUGGGAAACAUGAGAGAACGAUUGUUGUGUCUGAAUACGUGGGAGAACCACUGGCCGAGAGACUCCCAGUGUCAUCCACAGCCUGCCUUCAGAUCUUCAGGCAAAUUGCAGCCGGUCUAGAUCACAUCCACAAUCUGGGCUUUGUGCAUCAUAAUUUGGAACCUGAGAACAUCCUCUUGGAUGCGGAAAACCGUGUGAAACUCUUCAAUUAUGGACUGCACUACGUGACAAACAGCGGAAGUUAUGUUUCCUUCCCGAUCGGGAAUGUGCGAUACAUGUCCCCUGAGAGACUCUUGGGCAGCAAGAACAACAUCAAGAGCGACGUGUGGAGUUUGGGGAUAAUCAUGGUGGAGAUCAUCUUCCAAGUCACCCUCUGGAGUAAUCUCAAAAUAGCGCAGAUCAUCCGGAAAGUGCUCAGUCUCUGCAACACAGACAGUGUUCUGGAGAAGAUUGCGCGGGAGCAGAAGUUCUUCGACAAGUACCAGGAAUUGGAUGAGUCUGUGAGGAACCUGCUGGAGUCUUGUCUCUGUAUAUCUGUAGAGAACCGUCUUCUGCCCGAGGAGAUACUGAAUCAUGCGGUGUUCGAGGAUGUUCCCAUGACAAAGGAGCGCGAUAAGCCUGGUGCAUUGCUCCUGAGAUGUCCAUUGAAGCAGAUCUACUACCUGUGGCAGUUGGCUGGCGGAGAUGUCCAGGCGGAGCUAAAGAAAGAAGGCCUGAUUCGCACUGAAGCGCCUAUUCUGGUGAUGCCCAGUGUUAUUCUGCUAAACGGCAGGAUUUGCGGCUCUCCCAGGAGUCAAAGUCACUUGUUUGACAACAGAGUGGUGCAUUUGAGUCUGGCGAAUUUGACUGAGAGACUGUCUAAGAUUAGUAAACUCGCCUAUUACCCACUGAUCCACACAAACACCGCCUUUCUGGACUUUUAUCGGAAGGGCGAGAAGAAGGAAGAAUACUUGCCGCUGGUGAUCAGGGAGAAAGACACUGAGUAUCAAUUUCAUCGCGUGGUGCUGUUCAGGAGACUCCUAAAGGGCUAUCCCUUCACCAGGGAUCUCAUCAUGGCGGAGGCGCAGAAGGACAUCCCGCCAUUACUCAGAGGGCAAGUCUGGGCGUGUGUCCUGGGCGUUCUGGACAACACUGGCUGCUACGAGAAAAUCGACAAGGCCACUCCGACGUCCACAGAUCGCCAGAUUGAGGUGGACAUUCCACGAUGUCACCAGUACGACGAGUUUCUGUCCUCGCCAGUUGGCCACCGGAAGCUGAAGAGGCUGCUCAAGGCGUGGGUCACAUCUCAUACGCAAUAUGUCUAUUGGCAGGGCCUGGACUCCCUCACGGCGCCUUUUCUCUAUCUCAACUUCAACAACGAGGAGCGCGCCUUCCACAGUCUCUACAAGUUCAUCCCCAAGUAUCUGCACUGGUUCUUCCUCAAGGACAACUCCGCCGUGAUCAAGGAGUACCUGAGCAAAUUCUCCCAACUUACCACAUUCCACGAACCUGUGUUGGCCAAGCAUCUCGUCACUAUCAACUUCAUCCCAGAGUUGUUCGCCAUUCCCUGGUUCCUUACUAUGUUCUCGCACGUUUUCCCUCUGCACAAAAUCAUCCACCUCUGGGACAAGCUCAUGCUGGGCGACCACUCCUACCCGCUCUUCAUCGGCAUAUCUGUGCUGAAGCAGCUGAAGAACACUCUGUUGUCCUCCGGCUUCAACGAGUGCAUCCUACUCUUCUCCGAUCUGCCGGACAUUGUCAUGGAGACGUGCGUGAUCGACUCCCAGAAGCUGUACGUGUCCACACCCAAGAGUCUCGCGUACCGCAAGUUUGUGCUGCACGAGAAGGAGCUCGGCCAAUUCGACGUGCAGGACGUGGAGCUGGAGGAUCUCAAGAGGGAGAUGUGUCCUCGCAUAAGUGCCAACGAUCUCGUGGAUCUUCAUCUCAACUCCCCAGAUCGACUGAUCGUCAUCGACUUGCGCAACUCAGCCGACUUCCGGCGGGCGCAUCUCACCAACAGCCUCAACAUCCCCUUCACUUCUGUCCUCCUCGGCGACACGCGCCUCAGUGCCCUCGGCACUCCCAAUCUGGAGGCCAUUCUGGCCAAUCGCGUCGUGGCGAUUGUCAGUUCUGUCCAUGAGAAUGCGAUUCUGUUUUCAAAUUUCCUCGUGGAUUGUGGCGUCAGUGGAGUCUGCAUUCUCCACCGUGGCUUCAACGUUUUGCACUCUUUCUGCCCAAAUGUACUGAAGACAUCGCAAUGACUUUCACACUUCCCCUAUUCACAAACAAUCUCGUACCAAAAUUAGUGCGACACCAAAUCUCCCAAUAAAAUGCAAUUUUUUUUACCCCACAAAUGCAAAGUUUGGUGACUUGGGAAAAUUAUUCAACAUCAGUGGCGCAGUUUGCGGGCAAUAUAACAGAAUAAAAAUAAAUGUAUAUCCAAAAAUACAAAAAACUUUUCAACAAUAAACGAAUGUAACAAUUUUAUAUAGAUUUGUGAGGAAAUUCUGUGCUUUAAAGGCUCUGACGCACAGAUUGAAUCUCAUGUUUCCCUAGCGUUGGCAUCGCAUUGAAAACUUAAUCCUCCCAGAGCUAGUCUUAUUUAUAAGCAGGAUUUUGAAAAGUUUGGUAAAAAGUGCCUGAUAAAACAGUUAUAGAAGACAUUCAAUGUAUUUAGAAAUUUUUUUCUGCUAUGAAUGCGGAAUAAAAGGGACUGAAAGGAUGCAAAAUAAGCAGCAUUUGCUGGAUAUUAUGUUACAGGGAAUGUUAAAGCCACGUAGAUACAGAGGAGUUGCAAGGAUCAAUGGUUAAAUUCAUGCAUUCAUACUAAAUUGCAAAUGUUUAGAGACGUUCCAGCGGUAAGAUAAAGACUA